AUGUCUGACAGAAAGGAACUUCGCCCACCGACCUUUAGCGCCAGACUAAUCUCUCUGGCAGCGCUCACGACUGUGAGUGUCGCUCUCGGUGUUGGCAUGAAACUGAGUCAAUCGAAAGGAGGGUACGAAUACUCACCGGCAGGCGCCGUCGUGAUGACAGAAAUAUUUAAACUCGGAGUGACACUUUUGAUAAUAUGGCGCCUGGCACGGGCAAGGGAGAUAGUGACGCAGUCUCCUCCACCGUCGGUGAUAAGCAACAUGAUUCGGAUCUUCACGGAGAACGUGACGUGGGACCUUAUUCAGCGAGAAUUUCUUCUUAGUUUGGCAUACGCCUUUGUGAACGUUGUGACGUUUCCCAUAUUUAUUUACAUGUCGGCAAGUGAGUUUUACCUCUUGAAGGCGGCGUCACCAGUAGUGACAGCCUUACUGUUGCGUGUAGUAUCGCACACGUCCAUUUCGCGGUUGUGCUGGCUUGCCAUUAUCAUGCAGUGUCUUGGCUUGGUUGUCACUCAGGUAAAUCUUUGCAACGGGAUGACUACGUCCCCCCCGCUGGGUUACAUUCUGAUGGUGGCGAACAUGGUUUUUUCGUGCCUCGCUGGUGUAUACAAUGAGAAGAUCAUAAAGACGCAAAACUCGAGCUUGAAUGCGCAGAAUGUUAUUCUCUACUGUUUUGGGAUACUUCUUAACACCGUGUUGCACUUCGCGGUUCCUGCGAAGUACCUUGGCAUUGCGAAAAAGCCGGGUUUUUUCGAUGGAUACAGCCCAAGCGCCUUGUUAGUGGUUUUCUCGAAUGGUUCGGUGGGAUUGGUAAUCAGUGCAGUGUACAAGUACGCUGACGUUGUGGUGAAAACGUUCGGCGUGGCCUCCAGUACGUCUGUGCUCUUUGUACUGGAGUCACUCGGUCUUGUCCCGAGGGGUCGCGAGAAGCCAAGUCUAAGCCUCACCUUGUGUGGCGCCACCGUAAUCUUCUACGCGGCGUACGUUUACAUAGCACCCGAGCCCAAUGGGAGCACUGUGUACGCACGACUCGAAACGGAAGAUGCAGGGGAUGAAGGUGCCGCGAAGAAAAUUCCCACUCUCAAAGGUGUAAAAACGAAUGCGGAGGGAACAGUAGAAGCAGCAGCGCCUCCUCUCCAUCUGCGCAGAGUUUGUAAAAAUGGUGGUGGUCACGCCUUUGUGCUGUUCCUCAUGGGGGCUGUUACAGUAUCUGUUAUUUUUUUUGAAUAUGAGGGAUGCGCGUAG